AGCAUGUAGACUUUAAUUUUUAUAUAAAAGAUGAAAUAUACAGACUUUAAUAGAGCUCAUAUUCAUCUUUUCAGCUUUAACCUUCACUUUCCUCUCUUCUGUUCUUCAGCAGUAAUUGUACAUAAAUUAUGCAUUACUUUAUUUAUUUAUACAAUUCUUAUUUUAAUAUUGUUUAACAUCCCUGUGAUAAGUUUACAGUGAACACCUUUUCCUCUUCAGGUACAGACCGAUGAAGCUCCUCAACAUUUACAUUACAUUGCUUUUUCUCCCAGAAUACCAUUUGCACACGUUUACAUACCUUCCUGAUUAACAUUCCAUGACUUCCAGAAAACCAUAUAUGGAGUUGUUCCUCUCUUAAAUUGAUAUGCUUCCUUUUGUAUGCGAGUACGCCCUUCCACCUAGCCAACCAGUAGUGAACCUGUUGUCCCGUUGUCCGGUCUGAUAUAUACUCUGCCUGUCUCUGAAUAAAUGAGAGAUCUUUGAACCUUGAAAAGCCUUGAACCUUGAAAGCCGUUUGAACUUUGUGUGUCAUUUGGCGAACCGUCUGAAGCACUUGGUGUGGGAAGGGUGUAGUGGGGCGAGGGCGCCGUCUUUUUGUGUACUUUUGCUUCCUUUCUUCUUAAGAAUCGUAACCCGAGAUCUGCAGCUGGUCUGAGUUCAGCUUGUUUCAUUAUGUUGUCUUCUUCUCAAGGCAAACUGGUCCGCGAUGGCGAGGACAGGAAACCAGUGAUUUGCAUUGAGGGGAACAUCGCGAGUGGGAAGACGACGUGUCUGGAGUAUUUCAGCAAAACCAGCAACAUUGAGGUUCUGACUGAGCCAAUUUCCAAAUGGAGAAACGUUCGAGGACACAAUCCACUGGCGCUGAUGUACGAGGACCCGGCGAGGUGGGGUCUCACACUGCAGACCUACAUUCAGCUCACUGUCCUCGACCAUCACCUGUCUAAAAUAACGGCGCCGGUCAGGAUGAUGGAGCGAUCUCUGUACAGCGCAAAGUACAUCUUUGUGGAAAAUCUGUAUAAAAGUGGGAAGAUGCCCGAGGUGGAUUACGCCGUCCUGACCGAGUGGUUCGAGUGGAUCAUCAAUAACAUCUCCAUUCCUAUAGAUCUGAUCGUUUACCUGCAGACGUCGCCUCAGAAGUGUUUUGAUCGUCUGAAGCAGAGAUGCAGAGAAGAAGAGAAAGUCAUUCCACUAGAGUACCUAGAGACUCUUCAUCAUAUGUAUGAAGACUGGCUGAUAAAUCAUUCCUCAUUUAAAGUUCCUGCUCCUGUUCUGGUUAUCCCUGCUGAUCAUGAUCUUCAGAAGAUGCUCCAUCAGUUUGAGGAGAACAGAGAGAAGAUCUUCACUGUGCCUCGAGCCUCAUAAAGAGAAACGUUUCUCACACACAUUUUAUACCAGGCAGCUGUUCAUCCGGCCGUGUGUGUUUCCUGCCGUUUUAACUUCAUUAUGGUUGUGUGUGCGCGUGUGUAUGCGUGCUUGUGUGUGUGUGUGUGUGUGUGUGCGCGUGUGUGUGCGCGUGUGUGUGUGUGUGCCUGCGUGUGUGCGCGUGUGUAUGCGUGCGCGUGCUGAGGUAAACGAUUUAAUAAUCUUUUUUUUUUUUUAAAUCAGUUGUAUUUGAGAGAUUAUGAAUCUUUGGACUGACAGUGAAUCAAUUUGAUUCAUGAUUCAUUAAAUCUGACAUUUUUUGUGAAUCAGAACAAUAUGAUUCAGUGAGUCAGGUUUCUUAAGGAAAUAUUAUAACGCAUCAAAAUUUUGUCUAAAAUACAACUUUUAAUUGUUUAUUUUCCCAGCUGCAUGUCUGUAACACACACACACAGGGUGUAAUGUCAGGCUUAGGUGUUGUGGUUUUAGAGGAAACGUCGGUGCUGUAGUUGAAUUUUACAUCAUUGUUUCUUUUUCUAAUGAAAAUAAUUUGUUCUUUCUUUAUUAUUAUUAUUAUCAUUAUUAUUAUUAUUAUUAUUAUUAUUUAUUUUUCUCACUUGUGUAUUAAAUGGUAUCAUUAUUAUUUAUUUAGCUGUUUAAAUCACAGAAAUCAUUCCACAGAUCUGACCUUCAUCCUGUUUAAUAGAGUUAAAACACAAGACCAGAGCUUUUGUAAAGUUUAUUUUUAUUUGUUUUAUGCAUAAAAAAAAUCCCACAAUGUUGUUAGGAAGGUGGCACUUGUGACCGGAGGAGCCGUGGAGACGUUUUGUGUUAUUACUUUGUUUACACUGUAAUUUUAAUAAAACAGUGAGAAAUGGA